CAGAAGAACAGAGAGGGGGAGUAGACGGACGAGCCAUGGCGGACGGCAGUGUGAGUCGAUACCUUGUUUGACUCGUAUCUUCAUCCCGAUGACCGCUCCAAGGCGCCUAGGAUGCCGACUUUCCUCCUUCUACUCCUUGGACUAGCGGCGGGAUGCGUGCGGGCCCUGGGUAGUAGUCGCGAGGAGGUUCCAGCAGUGGUCGCCCUUCCUCUCAAAAAAGAGGGCGGGGGGCUGGGCGACCCCUGCGUGGAGAGCCGCUGCGGCCCCGGGACCAACACGGUAUGCAGCAACAAGACCAAGACCUGCAUGUGUGACUCCUACCACCCUGUGUCCAUCAACGACCAGCUAUGUGCCAAAGGGGCCUUGCUGGGAACCCCCUGUUUCCACCACGACCAAUGCCAAUACUACGACGCCAACUCCAUGUGCCAGGAGGAGGGCAACAACCGCUCUCAGUGCCAGUGUCAAGAGAAGUAUGAACUCAGAUACAUCGAGGGACUCAGCAUCCCCAAAGUUUGCUUCCCUGAUCUGGAGUCCCUGAAGGCGGACGUGCCCACACUGCUCGGCCUCGGUCUGGCGCUGUCCAUGUUGUCUGCCCUCAUCUGUCUGGUGCUCAAGAUUUUCGCUCGAGCUCGCUUCGCCCGCCCUCGCCGCUAUGCCGACGCGCGCAUCAACCCUCCGCUCACUGUGUCCGAAACCUACGCCGCCUUCGCCCUCGCCGCCAACGCCUCCAGCAGCAGCAGCCCAGCGCGGGGUCGGCAGUCCUCCAUUCGCUUAACUAAGUCCGCCUCCUCCUCCAGAAGGCCUUCCUACAGCUCCCUGCACAGUGUCCGGCCUGGCACGCGGCGGUCCUCCCAGGCGUCGCUCAGGCUGGUGGUAGGCGAAGGACGAGGGGAGCCUAUUGGAUACUACGUGUGUAUAAGGGAUCCUGCCACCGUACACUCCAGAGGAGGCUCGAGAAGGCCGUCCCAAAGCUCCAUGGCGUCCAGCUCGGGUGACCUGCGGGAGGGGAGGAUGCACCACUAUCUUUACUUGCGGGCGCCCAACUACUCGCUCACCUCCGAGACCAACACCACCACCACGGGCACCUCCGACUCCUCGCCGCGAACUCCCAAGAGCGCCGAGCAGCUCCUGGCGGUCUACUCGGUGCCAGAGCAUUCUGUCCUGGAGCUUGGCGGUGUCGGCUCGUCCCACACCACCUCCACGCUCGGCUCCUCCAGCGAUGACGUGUUCAAGGAAGAGGACGAGGACGAGGAGGAGGAGGAGGAAGAGGAGGGAGGGGACGAGGAGGAGGGCCGACGUCGAGGAGAGGGAGAGGAGGACGAGGAGGACGAGGAGGGCGAGCGACAGCAAGAGGAAGCCAAGGCCAGAUUGAUCGUUUGAACUUCGUCACUUCCACCACCAGAAAAGUCAUCAGUGUGAGAAUGAAUGUGUGGACGAGGAUGAAGAGAGAUAAAAGAAAAACGCGACAGAUCCAGCCAUGAGGAGGAGGAGGAGGAGGAAGAAGAAGAAGAAGAAAAGACGGUUGGACUACGUAGAAGAGAACUGCGAGUACUGUAAGAGCAAAGCAUAACUUGUAUCCAUUCGUUCAUGUUUAUUGAUUUUUUUGUCAUGAUAUUGUGUGCAGAGAGAGAGAGAGAGAGAGAGAGAGAGAGAGAGAGAGAGAGAGAGAGAGAGAGAGUCAGUCAGUCAAGGAAGCGGAAAGUACGUAAUGCAAUAUGGAUGAAUCGUGAACGCGUAAUAGUUCGCGUGUACGUUUUUCUAUUCGUGUCCGGGUUCUGUUAACGAAACGAGAUGACAAUGCGCGGCCACAAUAGAAAAAAUGAGAGGGCGUGAGUGAAUGAGUGUGUAAGUGAGUGAGUGAGUGAGUGACUUCGUGUUUUUGCUUCCGUGACGUUGAAAGAAAAUGGAAAGCGUUGAACAUCGGUUAUCGUGUCACCGCCGCCGCCGUAACCGCCGUCUCGCCGCCAAGGUCACCAGGAUAUUUCAGAGAAGACAAAAUAACAAUGCCGGUCAGAAAUAAUCAAAACUCCAAUACUCAGCGUUGUCUUAAUGAUGCUCAAGGCCACAGUGGCUCGCUUCAUAAAGACCGUACGUGGAGGUUCAAAUGUUUGGAGCGUGACAGCGACGAGAAUUUUGUACACGUGUUCAUUAUGGUGGUGGUGGUGGUGGUGGUGGAUGUUGCUAUGAGAGAGAGAGAGAGAGAGAGAGAGAGAGAGAGAGAGAGAGAGAGAGGCCACUUUUCAAUGAUGGCUUUUCUUCCUUCAAGAUUCAUAACCAAAUCAAACUCAGUCAAAGUAAAUCAAAUGAAUGCAAAACAUAAACCAAGAAGCAAAUACUAACGUUGCCUUUUCAACAGGUCAAGAAAACAUAGAUACAAACACUUUUCCUUAUUUUUUCGUCUUUUCAGUCGUCUGUUUCACUGCUAACGUACGUGGUAGUAUUAACAAAAAAAAACAAAAAAAACAAUGACUUCCAUUAUUUUUCUAAGUUCAUGUAUCAUUCUUUGUUCCACUGAAAGCUCUACAGAACAAACCUUCGGAACAAUAGCUCACAACUGUCUUACUAUCGACGGCAAGUUGACGGCAAAUCAAAAUACAUAGAGCAAUUUAUAUUAUACAUACGUACAGACCAAACAAAACCCCGCGUGUUUUACAUGUGUUGCCUUGCCGAGACUCGCAUUUACUUCACCUGGGUCAUUUUAACGCCGAACACACACAACAAAGUGACCUCAAGGGGAAGAAGAAGAAGAAGAAGAAGAAGAAGAAGAAGAGGGAAAACAUACAGGGCAGUGAACUUUUGCACCGUAUAAGACGCACCUCUCUAAUGUCCCUCCCAUAAGUAGAUUGCACGAGGUCUUUUUUUGGCACCUCCCUUUCCCUUUUAACCCUCCACAACCCCCCACCCCCUUCACAUGGUCCAGCACCGCCCCCCCACCUCCCUUCAACCACCACCACCACCACUACCACUAUCACCUUCUCUUGUAUGAUGUCUCCUGCUACCUCAUGUUUAACUCUGUAUUAUCUGUUGGUCUGUCCUGUCUCUUUCUUUAUCUCUGUCUUUCUCUCUCUCUCUCUCUCUCUCUCUCUCUCUCUCUCUCUCUCUCUCUCUCUCUCUCUCUCUCUCUCUCUCUCUCUCUCUCUCUCUCUCUCUCUCUCUCUCUCUCUCUCUCUCUCUCUCUCUCUCUCUCUCUUUCUGUUUACUACUACAGUAACAGCUUCUUCUGCAACAACAACUACUACUACUACUACUACUACUACUAUAGCAACCCACAACUGUUCAAGUAUUUUAAACACCUUGUUCCCAAGAGCAUUUUUCCCCUUUUACCUACCAAUCACCACCACCACCACCAUCACCCUGAUCAGUCCCUCGCACCCACGCACUCGUUCUCCCUUACAUUUCCCUAACCCUUGGUAGGGGAAAAAGGAAAGAAUUAAGUAUCACUGAGGGAAUUUCUUAUUUUUAUAUACUUCUGUAAUAUGCAUAAUAGUUUUUCUUUUUUUUUUUACCUUUAUUCCUUGAAGUUUUCCAUUACCAAGUUUAUACAAUUUUUCCUACUUCUUGUACUGUUACAUGUCAAGUUUUUUAAUCACUUUGAAUUGAUAAUGAUAGUAAUAAUAAUAAUGAUGAUGAUAGUAAUAAUAAUAAUAAUAAUAAUAAUAAUAAUAAUAAUAAUAAUAAUAAUAACAACAACAAAAAACUGUUUACCAGUUCGUUUUUUGCCUUCGAUGCGAAUUUGCCAAAUAGACUCUUCUUUCUUUUAUUUUGACGUCUGAAAGAGCGAGAGAGAGAGAGAGAGAGAGAGUGUGUGUGUGUGUGUGUGUGUGUGUGUGUGUGUGUGUUGUGUGUGUGUGUGUGUGUGUGUGUGUGUCUUUGGCUGUGUUUAGCAACCCUCCCUUUUCAAGAUGGAGCCGCUCCCCUCGAUCGUUUAUUUAUUUAUUUACUUACUUAUUUACUUGUUUGUUUUUUACUCAGCCCUGCCCGAGUCAGUCCUUAUCCUGCCCCGCUGCCCCGCCCUGCCCCGCCCCACCCCAAGCCCGGCCCCGUUGUGCAACCUCUUACUAGACUCACGACCCUCCUGUCGGCUCCUCCACUGAUAGCUAGAACAAGAACAAUAGCAGCAAGAACAACAACAACAACAACAACAACAGCAACAAUCAUAAUAAUAAUAAUAAUAAUAAUAAUAAUAAUAAUAAUAAUAAUAAUGCAUAAUACUAAAUGGUGGUUUACACAUACUGGUGCCAUUAUUGUUGUUUUGUUCAUGGCACCAAGUAUAUGUAUGUUGUAAGAGAAAUGCCCAACCAGUAACAAUAAUAGUGAUGAUAACGAUAAGGGUGUUGGUGAUAAGGAUAAUGAUAACAGUAAGAAUUAUAAUGACGACGAUGAUGAUGAUAAUGAUAACAAUAACAGUAAUAAUAAUAAUAAUAAUAAUGAUAUAAUAAUAAUAAUAAUAAUAAUAAUAAUAAUAAUAAUAAUCAUAGCAGUAACAACAAUGGCAAAACAGAGUCUUCAACAGCGACGUAGAAAAGACAGAAAUGAAAAUGUGUAGGUCCAUCGAUAAACAUAACAACAACCAUAGUAAUAAGAAUAAAAUAUAUACGUACUGUGUUUAGCGGUAGACAAAGAAAAAACAGUCAAAACAAAUAAAAAUAUAUGUGCCAAAACACCUUUUCAGAGACACUCACGUAAAAAUCAAUAAGAAAACGUGUAGAUAAAGAAAAAAAAAAUAGAGCACAAGAAGAUGAAAGUUUAUUAUUAUGAAAAAAAUAAUAAUGUACUAUACAUAAUGAAAUUUAGUAGAUAGUUAAAUAGAGGAUAGUUUAGUCAUCGAAUGAGAGAGAGAGAGAGAGAGAGAGAGAGAGAGAGAGUGUGUGUGUGUGUUUGUGUGUAGUGUGCAUAAAAGAAAGUUAGCUGCCUUCGGUUUGUAGUAGAAGCAAAAAUAGUCUAAAAAUAUUCCCUCACUGCCAUCCUUCCCUUCCUCUCCUUCCCUCCCUCUCUCCCUCCUUUCCUCCUUUCUCCUCCCUUUCUUCUUAUUCCAUUCCCUCCUUUACCCGUUCUCCUCCUUCCUGGUUGUCUUCUUAUAGUAAAAUUUUCACCUUCAUUCAUACUUGUUCGUCCAAUCUUACAAUUUCCUCCUAAUUUUCCAGUCUUUCCCUUCACACCAUUUAUUCUUUCCUGUUCUCUCGUUCUUUUUCUAUUCUUCUCCCGGGCAUAAAAAAAAAUUUCAUCUCUUUUCACUCAUUCAUUCAUUUUAUCUGACUAGUUUUCAUUCUUCUUUUUCAUUCCUUUCGUUCCUUCCUGUUGUCUUACUUAUCUUGUUCAUUUCUUUCUCUUCACUUUCUUUCUUUCCAUUACAUCCAAAUCCCCUCCCUUCAUUCCUUCCCUUCUUCCUUCCUCCCUUCUUUCCCUCCUUCCUCCUACCUUCCUUCCUUCCACCCUUCCUUCCUCGUAGUCGGCUCUCGAAUUCUGUGGUUCUGUGGUUUUUAGCGCGAGAGAAAUAAAAAUAAUUUUAAAAAUGUAGAAUCUGUCUUCGUCUUCGUCGUCGUCGCCGUCGUCGUCGUCGUCUUCGCUGUCGUCGUCGUCGUCGUCGUCGUCGUCGUCGUCGUCGUCACCACGUUGAUUGGGUCAUGCUUUUUAAGCCAGUGCUGUACAUGCAUUUUUUUCAUUCUUUUCAUGUUUUUCCUUUUCCAUUAUCGCUUAGACUGCAGAGCUUCAUGAUUAACUCACGUGAUGACUUGGAUGAAAGAACAUUAACAAAAAAAAGACAAGAAAAAAAUUUAAAGAUAUCUCCCGUCUUUGGAUUUUUCAUGAUUACGUAGUUUUUGAUAGGGUGUGUCUGUGUGUGUGUGUGUGUGUGUGUGUGUGUGUGUGUGUGUGUGUCUUUGUCUUUGUAAGACUGUUUGAAAGAGAGAGAGAGAGAGAGAGAGAGAGAGAGAGAAUGUAUCCUAAUGAUAAAUUCACCUUUGACUAAAAAACAGCAACAAUAUCAAAACAAAACGAAACAAAAAAAUACAAAAAGGAAAAUAAAUUUAUUGAAAAGAACAAAAAAAAAACAUUAACUACUUCAUACAUAACAAUAAUAAUAAUAAUAAUAAUAAUAAUAAUAAUAAUGAUAAUAAUAAUAAUAAUGAUAACAACAACAACAACAGUAACAGUAAUAACAACACUUACACACACACUUACACACACACUUACACACACACACACACACACACACACACACACACACACACUCUUAACUUUUCUGUACAUACUAAUUAUAAUACAGACUUACCAAACCUAUUCAAUCUCCAGCUCAGACACUUCUUUUCUUUUUCUGCUCCUAAGUAAGAGGUUUUGUGCUCCACUACCUAUACGUAAGAUUUGCUGCUGCUACUUCAUCACCAGUAAAGAAGUGUGUUCUUACCGGGUACUUUUUUCGCCUGUUCUAAGCUAUUGUAUGGUUGGUCCCUGCCUUCCGCUGCCCUUACGUGAAUGGUGUUGUCAUGUAUUAUUAUUAUUAUUGGUGUGUGUGCGUGUGUGUGUGUGUGUGUGUGUGUGUGUGUGUGUGUGUUGUAUUAUGUGCGUGCGUGCGUGCAAUAAACUGCCGGGUCGACGGUGCUAAUGUAUAGCUUUCGCUUACACACACACACACACACACACACACACACACACAUGCUCACGUACACACGCACGCACGCACGCACGAAACAUAUGAUGAAAAAUGGAACAAAGAUUUUACAAGAGAAAGAAAAAAAAACACCCCGAAAAAUAAUAGCAUAGAAAAAAAAAAAAAAAACAUUUAGCCUUAGCAACCGUAUUUCGAAACCUGGAUGUGUUCGAAACUAUACUCAUUGCGAUCAAACACCUUUUUUUUUUCUCUCGCUUUUUUACACUUGUACAGUAUUUCUUGCUUGUGGCGGGGGACCAACUUCAUGCAUUAUUGGUGAAAUACUAAACCCUCCUCUCCGACCUUCCCCACCCUUCCCAACCUUUCCCAACCUUCCCAAUCUUUCACAUCCUUUCCCCCCAACCUUCCUCACCCUUGCCCAGUCUUCUCCAGUCACCAUACAGCCUCACCACGCCUUCUAAAUACAUUUAUAUUCAUACGAGACACUACUACUACUACUACUACUACUACUACUACUACUACUACUAUUGCUGCUGGUACUGCUAUUACUCUCCUCCACAACUUCUCUCGCUUCAUUUCCUUUUCCAUUGCAGUUGAGAGAGAGAGAGAGAGAGAGAGAGAGAGAGCAUUUAUAUUUAGUUUUGUGUUACUGUUCCUGUUGAUGUUUGUUUGUUGUGAUUAUUGUUGUUACACUUGACUCUCAAUGUCUGAGGAUGCAUUUGUUAUGGUUCUCCUCCUUCUCUACCUCUUCUUUCUCCUUUUUCUUCCUCCAUCAUUAAUAUCAUCAACAAAAACAGUAACUUUUCCUUUAUUUUCUGUCUCUCCUCUGUCAUACUAUUACUACUACUACUACUACUACUACUACUACUACAAGAGUAUCUUUUGAAAUACAACUCUUCCACUUCCUGUCACCACCAUUAUCAUCUAGUACGCUUACCUAACUUUCCUUUUCACGCAUGUCUAACCUUCAUAUCUCCUCCUGCCCAUCUUCACAACACACCUCUAACAUCACCCGCUUAGCCCGCAUCUCUACACCGUACACCCGCAUCUCAAAACCGUACAUUUCUCCAUCAUCGCUACGACCACAUCACGAAUACAUUCUUCCUCUCUCCUGAAGAAUCUUGCAUUACUGUCCUUCCCGUUAGAGGUGUCCUUGAAAGAGCGAAGGAAAGCUAAGGAACAUUUUAUAACAAGGUCUUCAGAUCAUACCUAUGUGCAGAUACUUAACUAUUCACAACAUUACUUACCUAAACACCCUGUUGAAGAUUUACUGACAGGGUUGAUGGAUCUUGGCAGUGUGAGGGACAGUUGCUAGUGGUCCUGAGUGUCUGUCUAUCGCUUAUCUUAGACGGUAAUGUGUGUGUGUGUGUGUGUGUGUGUGUGUGUGUGUGUGUGUGUGUGUGUGUGUGUGUGUGUGUGUGUGUGUCUCUUAGUCUCUCCCAUACACCCCUAUCUUACGUUUUUCUUGCUUACCACCUUACUGCCAUCAGUAGUCCGCCCUCUCUCUCUCUCUCUCUCUCUCUCUCUCUCUCUCUCUCUCUCUCUCUCUCUCUCUCUCUCUCUCUCUCUCUCUCUCU